GUCAAAACAGACACUCUUGUUCUUUCUUUCUUCUCACUUUCUCUUUUCCUUUAUAUAUCAUUCAUAAAGUAAAGCUAAAACAUAAAGUCAUCCCACAAACGAAAACAAAAACAUUCUUUCUUGCACUAAGGAUAGAGCAGGUGCAGUCUUGUAGACAUACAAGGUAUAUACUCAUGGAAGGGUUAUCUCCUAAUUCAUGUCCAAGGCAAGGAUUAGAGAAGAAAGCAAGGCCACAAGAGCAAAUAAACUGUCCAAGGUGCAAUUCAACCAACACAAAAUUUUGUUAUUAUAACAACUACAGUCUCACACAACCAAGAUACUUUUGCAAGACAUGUAGAAGGUAUUGGACUGAAGGAGGAUCUCUAAGAAAUGUUCCAGUUGGAGGUGGUUCAAGAAAGAACAAGAAAAUUCCAUCAUCAUUAGCCAACCCUAAUAAUAGUUCAUCAAAAAUUCCUGACCUAAAUCCACCAACCCUACAAGUUUCACAUCUUUCAUCUCAAAACCCUAAAAUACAAGGAGGCCAAGAUCUUAACCUAGCUUUUCCAUCUAUGGAAAACUAUCAUCAUAAUCAUGGUAUGCCAUCUUCAUAUGUUGAGAUGCAUAACAAUAAUGAAUCAUCUUCUUCAGCUCUUGACCUACUUAGGUCAAGCAUGGCAUCUAGAGGCAUGAACCCUUAUGCUAAUAACAAUAAUUUAGGGUUGCCAAACUCAAAUGCUAUUUAUCCAUCUGGAUUCACCAUGCAAGAAGUUAAACCUAGUCUUGGAUUUUCAAUUGAUGGAAUUAAUGGAAAUAGAUCAUAUGAUCAUGUUCAAGUUCAAGAAGGUGGUGGUGGUGGUGGUGGAAGACUUUUGUUCCCAUUUGGAGAUGUUAAUGUUAAUAAUAAACAGCUUUCUACAAGUGGUGUUGAAGUGGAACACAAUAAAGAUCAACAAGGAAAUUCAACUGGAUAUUGGAAUGGAAUGAUGGGUGAAGGAUCAUGGUAAUUAAUUAAGAGAAAGGAGUUGAAGGACAAGGAAAGUGAGAUAAACAUCAUGCAUUAUCUUCUUUAUUUCUCUAUUAUUUUUUACUCCUUUAAUAGGUAUCAUUUGUCUUAAGUUGUUCAAAACUAACAAUAGGAUCAAUGCACAUGCACUACUCGAAAAAACUGGAUUUGCGUCGAAAAAUUAAAGAGAGAAAAAUAUGAAAUUCGUCUCUAAUUUCAUCUUAAAUAUUUGAGACGUUAAAACUAGAGACGAGUUUAUAUAUUUUUUUCGUCUCUAAUAUUUCUACCUAAAAUUUAUUUUCUUUAGUAGUGAUGAUUUUACUUUGUUUUGUAUACAAUUAAUGCCUUUGGUAUUAAUUUGAGUAAUGUGAGGAUUGUUUUCAUAUAUGUAGAGGGAUAGAAGAAUAGGUGAAUAUUAGGCAUUGUUUUUGUCCAUGGCAUGCAACCUUGUAUUCAUGAAUUCUUCUUUAAGAAGUAUAUUGGUUUGAUAUAUGUUAUGUUAGUAGUUAAAGUUUGAACUUUGAA